GGUCCGGGAAUGUCACGGAAGGAACGGGAAGGCUCCGAGCUGGAGGCCGGCGCCAGCCCCGCCGUGGCAGGGGUGGGCAGGGAUGAGCCCCCCGGUGAGGACGCUGACAGGGUGGAGCCGGUGCCCGGGGCAGAGGCAGCGCUGGAUGCUCCGUCCUCCCGGUACUUCGCCGCCCUGGAUGCCAGCGUUGGGGACCUGCAGCACCGCGCUCAGCACCUCAUUGACAGCGUGAACAGCAGCAGGAAGGAGGAUCACAACGUGAUGAGCACCUUCCGAGAGAGCCUCCUGCUCAAGGUUUCGGGCCUGGCCGAGCAGCUGGAGGAGCGGCUCUUCCACCUCUAUGGCAUCCACAACGAGCUGAUCCAAGAGCGCCUGCAGGAGCUGGCCGAGGUGAUGGAGAGGGUGGGGGAGGCCGCGGCCGAGCUCCGCCAGGUCUGCCGCACCGUGGAGGCUGCUUACCGGGACCUCUGCCUGCAGCCCGAGACCUGAGCGGGGUCCCCACUGCCCCACAAGUAGGGGCUGAGCUGCUCCC